AACGAGCGACGUUAGUGUCGUGCCUGAUUAGACAGGAAUAGAAGACGCCUCUAUCUAGCGUUCUCUUUCUAUUCUCAUAUCGCAUCCACUAGCACGGUAAUAUAUGACUCGCGUAUACUUUCGCGUAUCUUUAUAUCUCUCUGGAUUAGAUGGGAGUGAGGUGCAAACAAAUUAUACCAAAGAAAAAGUAUUGAAUAGGUAGUUUUAUUACGUUUUGUGAAUUGUAAUUAUAUAUCAGCUGAUCAAGCAUGUGUUUUAAAAAAACACCACGAAUUCUUUCGAUACAAAGUCAUGUAGUAUCUGGUUAUGUUGGUAAUAAAAGUGCAGUAUUUCCUUUACAGCUGCUGGGCUUUGAAGUGGAUGCAAUUAAUUCUGUUCAGCUUUCCAAUCAUACUGGCUACAAGGUCUUCAAAGGCCAAGUACUAAAUGACAAAGAUUUAGAGGAGUUAAUAAAUGGUUUAGUACAAAAUAAUUUAGAUAAUUAUACUCAUUUACUUACUGGAUAUGUUGGUUCUGCUUCAUUUUUAAAAAAAAUAGCAGAAGUAGUUCGUAUAUUAAAACAUAAGAAUCCAAAUCUUAUAUAUGUAUGUGAUCCUGUUAUGGGAGAUAAUGGAAAAAUGUAUGUUCCUGAAGCAUUGAAAGAAAUUUAUAGAGAAGAAAUAAUACCAUUGGCUGAUAUUAUAGUACCAAAUCAAUUUGAAUUGGAAUUAUUAAGUAACAUAAAAAUCAAUACAAUGUCUGAAUUACAAGAUGCUGUAACUGUAUUACAUAAAAUUGGCCCCCAAACAGUAGCUGUCUCAUCAACAGAAAUUAAUGAUAAACUAACAGCAAUAAUUAGUACAAAUAAAGAGAAUAAAUUAAUAAAAAUCAAUAUUCCAAAAAUACCAGCUAGUUUCACAGGUUCUGGAGAUCUUUUUGCUGCUCUAUUUUUAGCUCACACAUAUUUGCAAAAUGAUAUGAAAACUGCCAUUGAAAAAACUGUAAAUUCUUUAUACAGUGUCCUACUAAAAACUUAUGAAUAUUCUGAAGCAUGUCAAGAUAAAGAAUCCCAACUUGCAAGAAAAAUUGAAUUAAAAUUAAUACAAAGCAAGAAUUAUAUUGAAACUCCAGAAAUUUGUUUGUUUGCUGAAACAAUUGUAUCAACAAAUUAAA